GAGGUACUCGCUGACUGUUCGACGACAGAAGAAAGCCCGCGGCCCGCCUUACAAUUGAGGGAGAGUGAGACGAGGAGUAGCUAACUAGUGAAAGAGUGACAGUGACAGAUUUAUAAGUAGAUAGAUAGAUAGAUAGAUAGAUAGAUAGAUAGAUAGAUAGAUAGAUAGAUAGAUAGAUAGAUAGAAUAGCAUAACAGAUAGCUUAGAGAUAGAUAAAGAGUAGAUCAUAAAUAACGUUAGUCAAAAUGGUUUAUUACUGUGUUUGUGGCGGGUGCAAUAACUCCAGCAAAACUGGACAUAGGGUCCAUUCCUUCCCCAAGGACAAAGGGAUAUUCCGAAGCUGGGGGCAGUUUGUGAAGAUUAGGCGGGCAGAUUUUUCAGCUAGCUCUGUCACCGCCUACUCGAGAAUAUGCAGCGCACAUUUCAAAGAGGAGGAUUACCACUCAGGGGAUGCUAAAAUGGUCUCACUUGGCUUAAAGAGUGAGAGGAGUGCUAAAUUACUUCCUACCGCCGUGCCAUCUGUGAACGCAAACCUCUCUGCUUGCCCCGUCACGAGGUCGAGAGACACCGUCUGCCGCAAGCGAGAAAUUGCCACGAUGUUGACAGACGCCUCACAGCAGGAGACUGUGGACAGUGUAGACACUGUGGAGAGUGUCGAUACUGGGGAUCAGCCCUUGCCCUCCUCCACUUCUGACGCUGGGACACAGUGUUCUUUGAAGCCCCCCCCGAUGGUCUCACGCUGUGCAGGUUAACCUGAAGCCCAAGAUGGUCAGCGCGGGCACACAGACAUCAUUCGGCACACAAACCUCCACUCCCCUUGCUAGUCCUGAACAGACAGAUGAAGAUGAUGAUAAUGCCUCUGUCAUCAGUGACUUAUCGUGGGUGCCCGAAGAGCCGAUGCAUGAGGAGGACUUGUUUGAUGAGGAGCCACCUUACACAUGUGACCCCCAUCACAAUGGCAUUGACAAAUUCAUUGUUUGCCAAGAGGAGCUGAUGGGCCUUUUUGUCAUCUGUUCGGCCUGUUGUGAGAGGUCAGAUAGUAGCAUCGUGCAGCAGGAAGGAACUUUUCUUAAGAUCAAGCAGGUCUGUGCACCAUGUGGCUACCACCGUUUCUGGCAAAACCAGCCAAUGCUCCACAGGAACAUGCCGACCUGCAACCUCCUGUUAAGCGGGGCCAUUCAUUUCACUGGAUGUUUGGCCACCCAGACAUUAAGAAUGUUGACUCUGUUUGGCCUGCAGUGCAUCAGUGCAAGCAGUUACUUUCGCCAUCAUCGCCUCUACACCAUCCCUGUAAUCGUUCAGGCCUGGCAAAACGAUCAAGCGAAGAAUUUUAGUGACCUACGGGCAAUGGAUGGCGGGCUAGUUCUUGCUGGUGACUGCAGGUCAGAUUCUCCUGGGCACUGCGCGAAGUAUGGAUCCUACUCUCUGAUCGAGGACAGAGUGAACAAGGUGGUGGAUGUUCAGCUUGUUCAGAGCUCAGAGGUCCCCAACAGCUCAUGGUGUGAGCUUGAAGGGCUCAAGCGCAGUGUUGGCCUGCUGAGGGAAAGGACCUGCAUUUAGCAACGCUGAUCACGGACCGUCAUCGCCAGGUUGCCAAAUGGGUGAGAGAGGAGCUGAGCCCUGAAGGGACACGGCAUUAUUUUGAUGUGUGGCACAUUGCCAAAAGUCUGGGGAAGGCAUUGGAUGCAGCUUCAAAAGAGUGUGACCAACUACAGCUGUGGAGGCCUGCUAUAGUGA